GGAGGGAGGGAGGGAGAGACAGUAAGAUUUGAUUGGAUAAAUACGAUAAACUAUUAGAUCUGCGUUAUUUGAAGAUUUGAAGACGUUAACUGAUUGACUAAAAAUCAAAAGUCUAUUACCUCUCAAUACACGUUCCAGAAUCCCAAAAUUCGAAACUUGUGAUGUGAUCUCUGACACCAUCUAUUAAGAGCAAAGAAGGAAGGAAGAAGAAGAGGAGAGACAUGGACUGGCCCAAAGUUUCCUCUCAGAGAUCAAGUUCUCUUACUGUCGGAGAGAAAGUCUGCGCCGUCUUUAUACCUCUCUUUGCUAUUAUCGAUUUCCUCUUCUCCACCGUCGGACAAUGCUUCGAUUGCCGCCGCCGUCGCUUGCCGCAAGUAUGCCACCACGUGGAUCUGGCUCGUCUCGCACAUGGAUCUCCAUUUACGGUUAAUGAAGUUGAAGCUUUGUAUGAGUUAUUCAAGAAACUGAGCUGUUCAGUUAUUGAUGAUGGCUUGAUUCACAAGGAAGAGCUUCGGCUAGCGCUUUUCCAAGAUGUAUAUGGUGAGAACCUUUUCCUUGAUAGGGUUUUUGAUUUGUUUGAUGAAAAGAAGAAUGGGGUUAUUGAGUUUGAGGAAUUUAUCCAUGCUUUGAGUGUGUUUCAUCCCUAUGCACCAAUCGAGGAGAAGAUCGACUUUGCAUUUAGGCUUUAUGAUCUAAGACAAACUGGAUAUAUUGAGCGAGAAGAGGUGCAUCAGAUGGUGGCUGCUAUUUUGAUGGAAUCUGAAAUGAUUUUGUCGGAUGAACUUUUGACCAUGAUCAUUGAUAAAACAUUUGCUGAUGCAGAUGCAGACAAAGACGGUAAAAUAAGCAAAGAGGAAUGGAAAGUGUAUGUGCUUAAGCAUCCUACCUUGUUGAAGAAUAUGACUCUUCCUUACCUAAAGGAUGUGACGACGGCCUUCCCAAGUUUCAUAUUCAACACAGAGGUUGAGGACUGAGGCAGAACCGGUUCUGCUUGGGUUUUUUUUGUCAAUUUUCUUAUUGUGUUUUACCCAAAUUAGUUGGUGGUUUACAUGUUAGCUGUAAGUAAAAGAGAAUGUGAGGCUCCUGAUAUCUUUUGAUGCACGCAUCUGUACACUGUUCAGUUGAAAGUGAUAAAGCAUUUUUUUUAUAUUUUA